AUGGACAACACUUCAUGGGACAUCGGCCAUAACAACAUCACAGAGGGCUACAAUGGCGAUCAACAAUUUUUGCUUUUGUUUCCUCUUUGGCCCAACUACUUUGACUUCAACAUCACCUACUCUGAAUACAACGACACUGACUACAUCAACAACAAUUUUGAGUUUUAUUCACUCUUUGGCGGUUUUAAUUAUGGUAAAGUUGGAUUCAUCCUGUUUGUGUUGACAUGUCUAGUUAUUUGUCUCGGCCUUCCUUUGACCCUCGGGGCCAUCUAUGGUCUUUUGUCUCUGGUGAGAAAUGGUGAAGUUGCUCCGAUCUACGUCAUCAACCUUCUCACUUCUGACAUCAUUCAGUUCUGCUGUUUGAUCACUGAGGUGGCACAGCCUGAACACCCAGAGAUAAUUAAUGUCUUCAGCUAUAUUUACGACUACAGUCUGUUGGUCAGUGUUGGCUUCAUGGUGGUCAUCGCUCUGGAAAGGUAUUUGGUCGUCGUCCACCCACUGUGGUACCGCUUCAGACGAACCAUCAAGUCCUCUGUGCUGGUCUGUGUCCUGGUCUGGAUCCUCCCUGUUGUCCAGUUCCUCACUAAGCGUUUCUCUGAUAAUUACAGGGUUUCCUUUGUCAUUGUCACCAUCUUUUUCCUCCUUCCUCUCCCGCUGCUCAUAUUCUUCCUGAUUGUGACCCUCAAAGCCCUGUAUGCUUCCAUCUCGGUCCCGACUGACGAAAAACGACGAAUUACAGGAAUGUUGAUCCUGGUCCUGCUGAUCUACACGCUGCUGUUCCUGCCUUAUAUCACUCUGUUUGUGUACCGGUACCUCCGAUAUUACGAUCUACAAUCCAACCGACAUCUUGACCUUCUCUAUGAACUGGCUCCUAUGUUUGUUAAGUUGAGUCCUCUGGCAGACUUAGUUCUGUAUAUGUUGAUGAGGAAAGGGACCAUACGCCAGCUUUCAGCCUGUUUGUGUCACUGCAGAACAGACAGCAAUGAAAUCAGAUCUGUAACUGUGAAUGAUGUCAACAUGUCUACAGAGAGAGAUGGGGUGAGAGAAGGGAAGAGAACAGAAAAACGACAGAAAAAUAGAAAGAAUCCAGACAUCCAGAUAUCUUAA